AUGAAUAGCAUUCGUCAGAUUCAAGAGCUUAAUAGACGUGAAUUGGAAAAUGGAGUCCCUCCAUCUGCAUCAUGGCACACAGACUAUCGCGAUACAGCUUAUAUUUAUAUCGGCGGACUCCCUUUUGAGCUUUCCGAAGGCGAUGUCUUAACUAUAUUCUCACAAUAUGGCGAACCUACAUACAUCAAUUUGGUGCGGGACAAAGAGACCGGAAAAUCCAAAGGUUUUGCUUUUUUGAAAUAUGAGGACCAGAGGAGCACGGAUUUAGCUGUCGAUAAUUUAGGAGGCGCAGUAAUUGCUGGGAGGACUUUGAAGGUAGAUCAUACGAGAUAUAAGAGGAAGGAGGGAGAAGAGGAUACUGGGAUGGAUCUGAAUGGAGGUUUAGAUGAUGAAGGGGACGAGCGGCGGAAGAGAAGAAGGACCAGUGCGGAGAGUGAGGGCAGUGAGGAUGAAGAAGAGCAGAGGCCGAUGCUUAAAGAGGAGAGGGAAUUGGCGCUUUUAAUUAGAGAUCAUGACGAGGAUGAUCCGAUGAAGGCAUUCUUAAUUGAGGAGAAAAAGGAAGAGGUCGCGAAGGCACUGGGGAGGGCGAAAGAGAGAAGUAAACCCGACAAGUCGGAAAAAAGCAGAAAGCAUAGACAUCACCAUAGGUCUAGAUACAUUAAGGAUGAGGAAGAUUUGGAUGGUAGUCAUCGAUCUCGGCAUAGAUCACAUGGUCACGAUAGAGAGCGGGAUCGAGAUCGCGAGUCCAGGAAGAGAUACCCAGAAGAUAAUAGAGAUAGGAGAUCGCGGCGAGAAUGGUCACCAAGAUAG